GGUGAAUCUUCAUGCAAAUAAAACGCCACGACGACGACAAUUCCGAAGAAGUGGUAGCAGUACCUUGCGUCAAGCGGAAGUGCGAUCAACAACAGCAGCCCGCUCGACGAAGCAAGGUCCGGAGGAAGGUACUGCCAUUUACGUCGCCACGGACGAAGCUUGCGUGCCCACGCUCGAUGGUGGGGGUGCGCCGAAGUGAUGGCGUGGUAAACAACGUUGCACCAACUCACAGCGUGAUGAAGGACGACACGAAAAAGGUCAUUUUGAUCUGGGACCUCGAUGAGACGUUGCUGCUGUUCAGCUCGCUGUGUACGGGCCAGUUUGCCCAUCUAACAGGCAAAAGUUCCGCCGCCAGUGUCGCUCUGGGCGAGAGCAUGAUGUGUUUUGUGUUCACAAUUCUGGAAAAGUAUUUAUUCUUCGAUGACGUGGAAAAGGACACAGUUGGUCACGUGAGUCACAUGGCCCAUUACGACGAUGGUCGGUCGUUGCAACAGUACGACUUUGCGGGCGAUGCCAUCGCCCACGAACCUGACGGCAGUCUUUCCAAACUGCGCAAACAAGCGUAUCGGUAUCGCCGUAUCCGACAGAUCUACGAGCGGACGGAACAAGUGCCGUUUCUCACGGACGGCACAACGGAGGCAUCGUUCUGCGUCGAACUACGCGACUCGAUCGAUGCGUUCGGAGACGGUUGGGGACAUGCCGCCCAACGCGCAUUGCAGGCGGCGACCACUGCCGGCUGCAUCAACAUCCUCGUGACCAACUCCCAACUCGUGCCUGCGUUGUGCAAGUGCCUCAUUUACGACCUCGACCCGUGGUUCUCGCCCGAUGCGAUCUACUCUUCGUCCCACAUUCGAAAAAAGCAAUGCUUUGACACGAUUCGCAAUACCUACGGCCACAACCAUACGUACAUUGGCCUUGGCGACGGACCUGAAGAACAGCGCGCGAGCGUCGACUGUGGCAUGUCGUUUGUCCAGAUCAAGCGGCGGGACGACCUCGUCCGAGUAGCCGAGCGACUUGAGCAAGCGACGGCGACGGGUUUGUCCCUCCAUACUUUAGUGCUGUAGCGCUGGAGUCUACAGCUGCACGUCAGCGCCAGACAUUCAAAGUCGGGAGGUUUCCGAUGGCGUCGAUCGUCUUUAUGCCGCUCACCACCCGUCCAAACGUCACUACCAUCCACACAUACGCACACAUGAUAUAUAUAAUAAAAUAUAGUCCAAGUAUGGAUA